AUGAAUGUGACUGCCUUCAACACCAGUUCCACAAGCAUCAACGUCACGUGGUUUCCUGUUCCUGAUGAUCACGUGAAUGGCAUACUUCUGGGAUAUAGUGUACUUUACAGAAAGGCAGACAAACCUUUUGAAAAAUUCCAAAAUAUGACAGUGUGUGCAAGUCUUUUUGAAGUAGCAAUAACGAAUUUAGAUUUCUUCACGAAUUAUGAGAUCCGAGUCUUAGCGUUUACAGUCGCUGGGAAAGGAAACAUCUCAAAUCCUGUGUUCUGCAUGACAGACGAGGACGUCCCAGAGGGUGCACCAAUCAACCUGUCAACUCUUCCUGCUAACACGACAGCGAUAACAGUUAAGUGGCCUCCAGUCGCCAAAGAAGAGAGAAAUGGUUACAUAUUGGGUUACUGGGUCUCCAUAAGUAACAUCACCGGUGAAUUUAUCAAAAAUGUCAGUGUUUAUGGUUCUGAUAUGCUGACGACGACCGUGGGAGGACUGGACAUCUGGACAAAUUAUAGCGUCCAGGUUCUCGCGUUCAACGUCAAAGGAAAUGGUCCCUGGAGUAACGUAACACGCGGAAUAACUGACGAAGAAGCUCCGCGUGUUGCUCCAUCAAACGUCACUGCGUUCAACACAAGCUCGACAAGUCUUCAUGUCACAUGGCAGCCAAUAAGCACGCAGGGUCUGAGAGGCAUUUUGAGGACUUACCGUGUGUAUUACAUUGAAAAAGAAACCUACUUUACACGAUCUCUAAGAAAUGUGACAGUAGACUGCAACACUUUACAAGUGGAGUUAGUUGAUCUGUACAAGUUUACCAACUACUCUGUGUACGUGGUGGCAAGAACGAACAAAGAUGGAGUAAGCAGCACGACAGUUAACGUUUCAACAGACGAGGACACACCUGACCGGCCACCAGUGAACGUGGUGGUCUGGACCCCACAUUCAACAUCCAUCCAUGUAAGUUGGAAUGAGGUGCCCAAUGGUUACAAAAAUGGAAUAAUCAGAGGAUACAAAGUUCAUUACACAGAACUACAACAAAACGCUUCAACUGGGACGGAAAACAUACCACCAUUUGAACGCUCGCUAAGCAUCACGGGACUAAAGAAGUUCACGCAGUAUAACGUAACCGUUUUGGCUUACACAAGUAAAGGGGAUGGUGUUACAACUAGCACAAUUAUGAUGACAGAUCAAGAUGUUCCUGAUGCUAAACCGCUUAACGUAAGAGCUGUCAGCACAUGGACCACUCAUACAAUCCCACUCAGUUGGACACACAUCCCAAAUCACUUACUCAACGGAAUUCUCACCGGCUACAGGAUACGUUACGAGGCCGUAGAGAUGGGAGAGUACCCUUACAAAGAAGCUCCUAGGGAAGUUAUUCUACCCGCAGGAACUGUAUCCACCGAGCUCACAGGGUUGGAGAGCUUUACUGUUUAUCGUAUCGAAUUGACCGGACUUACAGUCAAAGGUGAUGGGCCCCGUGAAGUCCUUUUUGCAGGUAAACAGACUUAA